AACAGUGCAUUUCGUCACCAUUAUUGAUGGAGAUACUGACACGCUGCUAUGCUGAACCAUUACAUAUAAAAAGAGUUCUCCAGGGAAAGUUACUCGCCAAAGAAUGCAUUUAUAUCCUUUCCCCUCCGCAACUGUGCGACCUGAUUCUGCUCGAAGAAGCUGCGAGAUGUCGGCUUCUUCUGCUACCUUGUCCCGUUCUCUAUCCAAGACCUGCUUCUCCUCCUCACCUCCCUCCAAGAAGAAGAAGAAGCCGAUCCUGUCCUUUUAACGGAAAGUCAUUAGCCUGUGUUUCUGCUUUCAAGGUAGGAGCAGAGGAAAUCGCAGAACUUGCAAAAAAUAAGGUUUUGGUUGCAUCUACUCUCUCUUAUGCCAUUGGGCAGCUCUCAAAGUCGUUUGCAUCGGCUUUUAAUGGAGAUGGCAUUGAGUUGAAGGCGGCUGUCAGGUCCGGAGGGAUGCCAUCGGUCCAUUCUGCGAGCGUUGUUGCUGCUGCCACAAGUCUUGCUUUAGAUAGGGGGUUUUCAGAUCCAAUUUUUGGCAUGUCAGUGGUGUUUGCUGCGCUUGUAAUGUAUGAUGCUCAGGGAGUUCGAAGAGAGGUCGGCUACCAUGCUAAGAUUAUUAAUGAGUUAUUGAAAGCUCAGGAUUUGAAAUCUAAAUCAGGUACAUCCUCUAUAACUUCUGGGGAAAGUGGUUCUGUGUUUUCUGACUCGGAGAAUGCUAAUAAUUGCAUUGGAAAAACAAAAACAAAUUCCCUGCUAAAAUCUGGAAUUACUUCAAGUAAUUUGGAGACAUUGCAGAGUUUAAAAGUUGAUUUCAAAGAAACAUCACAUAAAUCAGAGAGCAGCUGUAGCCCAUUGAAUGAAUCAGUUGGCCAUACAGAGAUUCAGGUGUUAGCAGGUGGUCUGUUAGGUUUCAUUAUAAGUUUGAUGGUUAAUUCAAUCAUUUAAUUUCUAAAAGCUGCAAUAACAGUUAUACAGUAAAAUUUUGAUGUUUUGAAGCUGUAACAUUAUUCAUUUAUCCUUGAUAAAUCUUUUAAGUAUUAUUUACAUAACUCGUCUACUAUUA